UCAACCCAGCCUAAAACCCCUCUGUUCUCUCUCUCUCUCUUCUCUCAUCUCCUCUGUUCGAUCGCCAUGGCUAAAGGUGGAAAGCUCACGAAGCUCAAAUCCGUACUGAAGAAAAUGCAGUCCUUCAAGCUCGGCCGCGGCAACGGAAGCUCCGUCGUGGCCGCCGCCGCCACCGCCUCUUCCGACGACGAGUCUAGCAAUAACAAUAACAACAGCUACGCCAAGGAUCUCCGCCCGGUCUACGUCGGGAAAUCUCGCCGCCGGUACCUCGUCAGCUCGAGCGUCAUCGAACAUCCGCUGGUCCGCGAGCUGGUGGACCGCUCCGGCGACGACGCGGACAAUUCCGUCACCGUCGUCGGCUGCGAAGUCGUGCUGUUCGAGCACCUGCUGUGGAUGUUGGAGAAUGCGGAUCCCCAGCCGGAAUCUCUGGAUGAGUUGGUGGAUUUCUAUGCGUGUUGAGCGGCGAUUGGGCCGGGCCGGCUUGUAACCGUCGUCAAGUGGCGGAGGAGGCGGAUUCCCAUGUUCUCGGCUCUAUUGUUCUUAUGGUAUAUAAUCAGUUUGUAAAUUUUUCUUCUCCAAAAAAAAGUUUAAUGAUUUGCGUAUUCGUAGCGUAGAAAAUCGAAGCAGAAAUAGUGAGAAAAAUGGAAGAGAGCGAAUUUGGCUGAUCGGCAGUAUGUUUCAGACUUUCAGUUCGCCGGCCGGCCGGCUGGGUUCGUGGCAAGGGUUAACCCAUUUUUAAACAUUUAAUCUCUUGAUUAUAAGAGAAUUUAGUAAUGUGGGUAAUUAUAUUAUCUUAAUCAAGGCUGUCCCUUUUGUUUCUUGUAAUUCCAUUCGUCAAUGUAAGUGUUAAUUUUCAUCAUAAUGUUUAAGGGCAUUCUUGUUUUUUUCUUUAA